CGCGUGCAUGGUUUACAAGUAUUUGUGCUGCGGGAUUGAACAGCUAUAAAAGACAACUGUCUAUUGAAAACAGCCACAUAUAGUUUAGCUUUUGAAAUUCCUUUCUGUACCGUAAUGGUCAAAAUUCGCAUCAUAGGCCUUUUAUUGGCGACAGUAUUUAGCAAUGUCCUUGCCGUAGUAGAAACGGACCAGUAUCACCCUGAAGUCAGUGGCAAUGUACAAAGAAUUAACCGAGAAAUCGUAGAAACUGCUGAUGGAAGGUCGAUGAAAUUGGACGUUGAAUCAAUCCAUGACGUAAUAAACAUGGACGAUGACGUCAUGCAUCCGCCCCCUGUGUCACGUGACUCGAAAAAAGAGAAAUCAGCUCAACGCCAAGCACUUGCUGGUGAAAAUACAGCCCAGUUUUGGUAUGAUAGCGCAGCCAAGGAAUUAGACGAAGCACUCCUACUUGAGAAGCGAAAUAAGAAUGUAGCCAAGAAUGUUAUUCUUUUUCUUGGUGAUGGUAUGGGCAUUCCUAGUAUCACGUCAGGUCGUAUUUUAAAAGGACAAAACAACGGCCAGUCUGGCGAAGAGACCAAAUUGAUGAUGGACACUUUUCCGCAUGCAGGUUUAUCAAAGACCUACAACGUAGACCACCAAGUUCCUGAUUCAGCCGGUACUGGUACGGCUUACAUGACCGGUGUUAAAACCGACAUGGCAGUACUUGGUUACAACGCUGCUAUUACACCAGGUGUAUGCAGUACUACACCUGGUAACGAAGUCAGUUCUGUACUUGAGGAUUCGCACAAGGAAGGCAAAGCAGUCGGUGUGGUAACAACUACCAGACUUAACCACGCCACCCCAGGUUCGGCGUACGCACAUUCGGCGUACAGGUAUUGGUACAGCGAUGCUGACUUGCCGGACGAAGCAAAAAUAAACGGCUGUAAAGAUAUUGCUUAUCAGCUUUAUGCAGCAUUGCCUAACAUACAGGUAGCCCUUGGCGGUGGGCGUGGUUACUUCCGACCGAAUACAACGUUAGAUGAGGAAUACAAAACUAACAACUUUCGAACGGACGGCCAAGAGUUGAUCGAGAAAUGGAAAAACAACAUGGAAGACAUGGGAAGAAACGCUAAAUAUGUUUGGAAUAAGCAACAGUUUGAUGCAGUGGACGCAUCAAGUGUGGACCAUUUAUGGGGCAUGUUCGAACCAAAGGAUAUGAAUUACGAGACGGACCGAUCGACAGAUGGCGCAGGAGAGCCAAGCUUGGCGGAAAUGACGCAAAAGGCGAUCGAAAUCUUGCAGAAAGACGAGGACGGUUUUUUUCUUUUAGUGGAAGGGGGUCGAAUAGAUCACGCACACCAUGAAUCCAACGCAUACAGAUCUCUACAUGAAGUUAUUUCAUUCGACGAUGCAAUUGCUAAAGCAGUUGAAUUAACGUCGGAAUCUGAUACGUUGCUCGUAGUAACGGCGGACCACAGUCAUACUUUCACAUUAGGCGGUUACACUAUCAGAGGAAACCCUUUAUUUGGCAAAGCAAGAGACGAUGCCAACCCUAGAACCGGGUUGGAUGGUCUUCCAUAUACUGCACUUAACUAUGGCAAUGGUGAAGGGUUUCAAGGUGGCGAUUCCUAUUCAUCGCCUAACGAACCAGUAGUAAGGGAAGAUCUGAACACAGUAGAUACAGGUGCAAAGGAUUAUCUACAGCAAAGCGGAGUCCCUUUGUACUCAGAAAGUCACGGUGGCGAGGAUGUUGCUAUAUUAGCGAGGGGUCCUAUGUCUCAUCUGUUUCAUGGAGUUCACCAACAAAGUUACGUAGCUCACGUGAUGCGAUAUGCUUCAUGUGUUGGGGAAAAUAAAGCCCAUUGCGAAAACCAGCCACAAACAUCUGUUGCGACCGAAGAAAACGUCACGUUUUUAGGGUACAAUCUUAAUCCUAGCGAGGCUGCUGGUGCUCUGUAUGCUCUUUUUGCUUUGGAGUUGACAUUUUCCAUAGUAAUCAUCGGUAUUGGUGUGUAUACGGUAAAAAAGAACAAAUCUUUUCUUGCCUAGACGAUUCAACAUAUUUUUAAACCAAGAUUCUUUUAAUAGCAUUGGCGUCGUUUGCGAGUAAAUAACAAUAAAUGUAUAAAAGCUUA